UAGUGGAGAAGCGCGUGUUCCGCAGUCUUGUCUCUUUCUGUUAAGCAUUGUGGUGGAGCGACAGCCUCAGUCUUCAACUCGCCACCCGCGCCAUGGAGCAACCAAGUAGUUGACGUUUCCUUUAACCUUCUCUUUUUAAGCUUCUUCAUCCCGAUCAUUGCGCUCUCUUUUUUUAAAGCGAGCAGCAGUCCGCUCCGGAGUCUUUUUUUUAUUUUCGAUUUUUAGCACUUCCAGGAUUUCUGUGCGGAGAUGAAGUACAUCGUGGGCAUUGGCGGGGUGACGAACGGUGGUAAAACCACGCUGACUGACAGAUUGAUGAAGAAUCUGCCCAACUGCUGUGUUGUUCACCAGGAUGACUUUUUCAAGCCACAAGAUCAGAUUGAAGUUGGUGAAGAUGGAUUUAAGCAGUACGAUGUGAUCAGCGCGCUGGACAUGGAGGCGAUGAUGAGCACGAUCUACGCCUGGGUGGAGAACCCAGUGAAGUUCGAGCGAUCGCACGGGGUCAACAACUCUCUGGAUGCUAAAAUCGUCCCGGAGUCGGAAAGCCAGGACGACGAAAUUCACAUCCUUAUCGUCGAGGGCUUUCUGUUGUACACCUACGGACCUUUGAUCGAUGUGUUUGACCAACGCUAUUUUCUUUCCAUUCCAUAUGAAGAAUGCAAAAGGAGGAGGAGUUCAAGGAACUACGCAGUGCCAGAUCCACCAGGCCUGUUUGAUGGCCAUGUCUGGCCCAUGUACAUGAAACAUAAAAACAUGAUGGAGGAAAACAAAGUUGAUAUAGUGCUCCUUGAUGGAUUACGGUCAAAGGCGGAGAUCUAUAACUUGGUCUAUGGAGACAUCCAGAACCAAAUCCAAAAACUGCUGUAACAACAAAAGGUCACCUGCUCUGCUGCGACUGAAAGCCUACUGUAUCCAGGAAGACGCAUGGCUUUUACAUCUAUACGUGUGGAUCUGGCAGCUCAUUUUAUUUAAAGGAGUGUGUGUUUAUAUAUAAUGGUCAGCUAAGAUUUUUAAAUUAAUUUUAUUUAUCCAGCAGCUUCCACGCUGGCUUUUAACCGUAUAGCCCAAGGCUGUGUCCUGCAUUGCAGGAUGACAUAGAACCAGCAGUUCUGACUGGUGUCAACAAGAUGUACUUAUCAAUAAAAGUACUCCUCCAGAAA